AUGGAUACCCAGCGUGCCUUGCAGGCAGUGGAGCGUCUCCAGGCCAAGCUGAAGGACCGGGGGGAGGUCCCCACCGAGGAGAAGCUCAGCCUGCUCAAGUCUGUUCUCCAGAGCCCCCUGUUCCACCAGAUCCUUGCCCUGCAGAAGUCUGUCCAGCUCCUCAAAGACCAGGGUGGUGUCACAUCAACACUUAGCGGUGACCUGAGUGAAUGCUACACAUCAGCCCAGGCCAAUGGUGGCCAUCUUGCCUACCCAGAAGCCUCCACUAGUACACAGGUCAAUGGGAAGCAAUCGCCUGAGGAUUUUGAGCACAUCAUUCGCUCCAUGGCUCAGGGGCGCUACGUGACGCACAUGGAGCUGGUGAAGCCACUGUCUGGGGGUCUGGGCUUCAGCGUGAUUGGCCUGAGGAGCGAAAAUCGCGGGGAGCUGGGCAUCUUCGUCCAGGAGAUCCAGCCCGGGAGCGUGGCCCACUGCGAUGGGAAGCUGAAGGAGUCAGACCAGAUCUUGGCCAUCAACGGUCAACCCCUGGACCAGACAGUGACCCACCAGCAGGCCAUAGGCAUCCUGCAGAGAGCGUCUGAGUGCGUGCAGCUCACCAUAGCCAGAGGACCCAUCCCUCAGCUGGCCAGCCCCGUGGUGUCCCGUACCCCCUCCGCUGCCAGCACCCUGUCUGCCCACUCCAGUGCGGCCUACUGGAAUCAUGUGGAGACCAUGGAGCUGGUCAACGACGGGACAGGCCUGGGCUUUGGCAUUGUGGGAGGAAAGACCACCGGUGUCAUUGUCAAAACCAUCCUGCCUGGAGGCAUCGCUGAUCAGGAUGGGCAUCUGCGCAGUGGGGACCACAUCCUCAAGAUUGGGGACACUGACCUAUAUGGCAUGGGAAGUGAGCAGGUGGCUCAGGUCCUGAGGCAGUGUGGUAACCGAGUGAAGUUGGUCAUCACCAGAGGCCCUCCAGAGGAGACCGCCAUCGUCCCAAUGGUGUUGCCCACGGUCACAGAGCAACAGGGAUACGAGGAAGAGGAGGCCGAAGCGUUCGACGUUGGGCUGACUAAGAACGCCCAGGGUCUGGGAAUCACCAUCGCCGGCUAUGUGGGGGACAAAAAUUCUGAGCCCUCUGGUAUUUUCGUGAAAAGUAUAACUAAAGACAGUGCGGUAGAGCAAGACGGCCGGAUCCAUGUUGGGGACCAGAUCAUAGCCGUGGACGGUAAUAACAUCCAGGGCUACACCAACCAGCAGGCCGUGGAGGUGUUGAGACACACAAGCCAGACAGUUCACCUGAAGCUGAUCAGGCGAGGCUUCCGUCCAGAGGAUAUCCCACCCGCCGCUGUGGUGCCCAGUGUGAUCGUAGUCUCACCAACCCCAGGUGGCAGAGACACGACACUGGAGAGGACGGAUGUUGUGGACGCCACCACUCAAGAUAAGAAACAGUACCAGGCAUUGAGUGGGGAAUCUGAUGUCACCAACGUGAAGGAUCAGUUAACUGAGAACACCAGAGACGAUGCAAAGCUAACAGAGGAUGAGGAGUUGGAGCUGAAGAAGAAGUGGCAGGAGACUCUCGGCCCCAGCAACGAAGUAGUGGUUGCCCAGGUGGAGAAGUUCAGUGAGAGCAGUGGUCUGGGAAUCAGUCUGGAUGCCAACAGCGGGCACCACUACAUCCUCUCCGUUCUGCCGGAGGGGCCAGUGGGACGCUGUGGGAAACUCUUCAGUGGGGACGAACUGCUCGAAGUCAAUGGAAUAUCCCUGAUUGGUGAGACCCACAAGGAAGUGGUGAGCAUUCUGAAGGAGCUGCCUGUCUGUGUCUACAUGGCCUGCUGUAGGCCCGCCCCUCUCCUGAAGAGUGACAGGGAUUCUGGCCAACCAGGGUUGGAUGAAUUUGCUACUGAACCUAAAAUGAAGAUACAGGGAGACCUCGGCAGUUUCCUGGUUUUCGAAGGUUCUGAGGGGGUGGCGACGAGGGAAAAUGUAACGGAUGAGACACUCGGAGCUCCUUUGGCCAUGUGGGAGACGGAGAUACAGGACAUUGAGCUGGAGAAGGGUGAGAGCGGACUGGGAUUCAGCAUCUUGGACUACCAGGACCCAAUGGAUCCUGCCAAGACGGUGAUUGUGAUUCGCUCUCUGGUGUCUGAAGGAGUGGCAGAACAGGAUGGCAGGCUAUUGCCAGGUGACCGGCUCAUGUUCGUCAACAGCACCAACCUGGACAACGCCAGUCUGGAGGACGCUGUCCAGGCAUUGAAGGGGGCUAACAUCGGCAAGGUCCACAUUGGGGUGGCCAAACCACUACCUAUUGACUCCAAUGAGGUAGACCUGACCGACGAGAGGGUGUUGGCGCAUCGCUUCUCUGGCGAGGAGGAUGACACCUUCCAGGCAUCCAUGCUUGCCCUCCAUGGCAGCACCUGCAGCGCUGACCUGUCCUACCAGAUGAUCUUGCAGUCCUCCACACCCAAGCGGAGUGCUCGUCUGGACUUGUUGACCGAACAUCCCUUCGUGACGUUGUCCUGCCUCGCAGACGACACUGAACCCUUUUCCCCGGAGGAGAAUCCUAUCGCUUUCCCCCUGCCCAGGAGUAUUGGAAGUCACACCCUAAUGAUUGACAACACACUAGCUAGCUCCGAUCAGUACCUGGCACAUCAAUUAACCCAUUUGGAGCCGUCGGAUCUGUCGAACUCGUACAGUCCGUACACUGACCCCGAGCCCGGUUUGAAUGAUUUGGGGGAGCCAAUGCAGUCUCUGCGUUUUCCGGUGGAGUCCGCCAUGGCCCUUGCGGACAUAGGGGAGAUGGAAGGCUUAAUGAAGGGGGAUGAGCCAUCUGUAAAGCAGUCCAAAGAGGAAGGGGACAAGAUUAUAACCACUGGGAGUAAUUUUGAAAGGACAAUCACUGUUGUCAAGGGCAACUCCAGUCUCGGAAUGACCGUGAGCGCCGUCAAGGAUGGCUUGGGGAUGCACAUCCGCAGCAUCAUCCACGGAGGCUCCAUCAGCCGAGACGGCCGUCUGGGGGUGGGGGACCUCAUCCUGGCCAUCAACGGCGAGCCCACGGCCAACCUGACCAAUACACAGGCCCGCGCAAUGCUCCGGAGACACUCCCUCAUCGGGCCAGACAUGGGAUCUGCUUGUGCACCAGAGGACGAUCUGUGCCCCUUUUAUGUGUGGCAUAUGAAUGCAGGCUCAUUGGUGUGCGUGUGUGCGCACGUGUGUGUGUGUGUUAUCAGCAUCACCUAUGUUCCCGUGGAGUAUCUGGAGGAGUACAAGGCCAGCCUGGAGCAGCCUAAAGAUGACAUCUUCUCUGAUGCUCCUCAGGCCCCAAAAAGAGAAAUCCCAGAACUCCCAGAGCGGGAGGAUGGAGAGGGAGAGGAGAGCGAGCUACAGAGUGCCACCUUCAGUAACUGGAACCAGCCCAGGAGGGUGGAGCUCAAAAAAGAAGCUGGCAAGUCCCUUGGCAUCAGCAUCGUGGGGGGCAGAGGAAUGGGCAGUCGCCUCAGCAACGGCGAGGUGAUGCGGGGCAUCUUCAUCAAACACAUCCUGGAGGACAGCCCCGCCAGCCGCAAUGGAACCCUGAAGACUGGAGACAGGGUUGUUGAGGUGGAUGGCGUGGACUUGAGAGAUGCCAGUCACGAGCAGGCUGUGGAGGCCAUCCGCAGGGCAGGAAACCCUGUCGUGUUCCUCGUCCAGAGUAUCAUCCACAGGCCCAGGGUGAGCCUUCUAGCUCCCUGUGUUGGCACGCUAGCGCCCUGUGUUGGCACGCUAGCGCCCUGUGUUGGCACGCUAGCGCCCUGUGUUGGCACGCUAGCGCCCUGUGUUGGCACGCUAGCGCCCUGUGUUGGCACGCUAGCGCCCUGUGUUGGCACGCUAACGCCCUGUGUUGGCACGCUAGCGCCCUGUGUUGGCACGCUAGCGCCCUGUGUUGGCACGCUAGCGCCCUGUGUUGGCACGCUAACGCCCUGUGUUGGCACGCUAGCUAAGUGGCUAAUGUCUUUCAACAACAAUACUUUAUUUCCUAGUCUCAAACCAUUAAUUAUCCCAUUUAACACAACAUUAACUUCAAAAAGCUACUUAACCAUCCUGUAUCCAACAAAUACUACAGUAGCUAUCUAUAUCUCAUUAUUCAAUUCGUUGAUGGACUCCUUGUCAGGAUUCAUUUCACUAAAAGUUCAACGGAAAUCCUCAACCACGGACACCAACGAGGAGAGAGCGGCGGCCAUGGCACGGCGCAAUAGUGACAAGCCACUAAAGAGGGAAGCGGGAAAGACAUCGUCCACAACUCCUCACCUCUCCCUUCCCGUGGUUCCCCACGUCGGAGAGACAGACACCGAUACCCUGACAGAGAUUCCCGACAGACAGGCCCAGGCGGAAGACGAGGAUGAGUUUGGCUACAGCUGGAAGAGCAUCAUUCAGCGCUACGGCAGCCUCCCGGGGCUGCUGCACAUGAUUGAGCUGGAGAAAGGGAAGACCGGCCUGGGCCUUAGUCUGGCUGGCAACCGCGACCGCUCUCGCCUGAGCGUGUUUGUGGUCUGGAUUGACCCCUGUGGCGCUGCCAGCAAAGAUGGUCGCAUUGUGGUUGGGGAUGAACUGUUGGAGAUCAACGGGCAGAUUUUGUAUGGGCGGAGUCACCAGAAUGCCUCCUCCAUCAUCAAAAGCGCUCCGUCGAAGGUCAAGAUCAUUUUCAUCAGGAACACAGAUGCUCUGAACCAGAUGGCUGUAGGACCAGUGAGGGAACAUGGAGACACCCUGGAGCCCCAGACAGAGCUAGAAACAUGUACUUCCAUUGUACCCUCGGCGAUCGAUGUCGACGUGUUCAAGUAUGUGCAGCACGUCAUUCUGCCGAAGGAGGAGGGUGGAUUCGGCAUCACUUUCAGUGAGGAAGACCCCAAUAACGGGGUGGUGAUUCAGAGUAUAUCUGAAAAAGGACCAGCAGGAAAGGACGGCAGCAUCAAAUCUGGAGAUAAACUGCUGGCUGUGGAGGAUGAACCAGUGGUGGGCUACACUGUGGAGAGGGUCCACUCUCUACUGGGGAACGCCAAAGGCUCAGUGAAGUUGACAAUCUGCACGAAUGAGUCAUUGACCCUCCCCCCCUACUAUACUGAUCAGGCCACCAGCCUCCCUAGCAUCUACAUGGCUAACCUGGGCCAGCCUGAGUCAGAGCCGAUCAGGAGCUCAAGUCGCUCGUCCACCCCUGGCACUCUGGCCUCAUCUGACCCUGUGACCUGUCCCAUCAUCCCCGGCUGUGAGACCACCAUAGACAUCUCCAAAGGCCACACGGGCCUGGGCCUCAGCAUCGUGGGGGGCUGUGACACUCUAUUGGGGACCAUCAUCAUUCACGAGGUCUAUGAGGAGGGAGCUGCCUCCAAGGAUGGGAGACUUUGGGCUGGGGAUCAGAUCCUGGAGGUGAAUGGCAUUGACCUGCGCGUGGCCACUCACGACGAAGCUAUCAACGUGCUACGGCAGACCCCUCAGCGGGUGCGUCUGAGCGUGUUCAGGGAUGAGGCUCAGUACAAGGAGGAGGACCUGUGGGAUGCCUUUACCGUGGAGCUGAACAAGAAGCCCGGCCAGGGCCUGGGCCUCAGCAUCGUGGGGAGAAGGAACGACACAGGGGUGUUUGUGUCGGACAUAGUGAAAGGGGGCGUGGUGGAGAGUGACGGGAGGCUGAUGCAGGGAGACCAGAUCCUGUCCGUCAACAAGGAGGAUGUCAGAAACGCCACCCAGGAGUCAGUGGCUGCACUGCUGAAGUGUGGUGUGGGACCCAUAGUGAUGGAGGUGGGCAGAUUUAAAGCCGGACCCUUCCACUCUGAGAGAAGGUUCUCACAGAGCAGUCAGAUGAGUGAAACGGGCAGCUGCAAGGUGACCCCUCACUCGCUGUCAGCCUCCUCUGGUAGCCUCCAGAUGGACUGUGACAGCGUACAACAUACAAGUCAGGAGUCUAAGACCUUUUUAGUUGAUAAACAUCUAGCUGUUUGGAAAGCUAAAGCUAGCCCUCAUGUCGUGGUCAUUUGUGUCGAUUCAUUUUGGCUGUUUACUCUUGUUUUCUCUUGUUUACUCUUUUAUAUAGCACUGGACCACCAGCAGAUCAGAAGUGUUGAAUUCACAAAGGGUCUCACUGAUUCAUUGGGCAUCAGUAUUGCGGGUGGAGUAGGCAGUCCCCUGGGCGAUGUGCCCAUCUUCAUCGCCAUGAUGAACCCUACCGGCCUCGCUGCCCAGACACACAAACUCAAGAUCGGUGACAUGAUCGUCAGUAUCUGUGGGACCGCUACUGAGGGUAUGAGCCACAGCCAGGCCGUCACCCUGCUGAAGAAUGCCACCGGCACCAUCGAGCUGCAGGUGGUAGCAGGGGGUGAUACCACAGUGACCGGCCCAUCUCAGGAGCAGACAGCUGCCGGACUCUCACUCUCCAGCCUUACUGCUACUAGCAUUUUCCACGACGACCUGGGACCUCCUCAAUAUAAGACCAUUACCCUGGCCAGGGGCCCAGAUGGCCUGGGCUUCAGCAUUGUUGGUGGCUUUGGAAGCCCACAUGGAGACCUGCCCAUUUAUGUGAAAACCGUGUUUGGAAAGGGAGCAGCGUCAGAGGACGGGCGUCUGAAGCGGGGGGAUCAGAUUAUGGCUGUUAACGGACAGAGUCUGGAGGGGGUCACCCACGAGGAGGCCGUGGGCAUCCUGAAGAGGACCAAGGGAACAAUUGCCCUCACUGUGCUCUCCUAGACACACUCACACCUCACCCUACACGCAUAGACAAAGACUCAUACCUUGGUGUAGACACACACCCUAAUAUACUGUAUAUGUAUUGAAAUGUGAACAACCCCAUUCCUAAACUCUAACAUGCUGACCAAACUGGACGCGCGCACGUUGAUUUUGUUUACCCACAUCAGAAGCGAUCAGGACACACAGAUUGAAAUAUCAAAACAAACUCUGAACCAAUUAUAUUAAUUUGUGGACAGGUCGAAAAGCAUUAAAAAUUUAUGGCAAUUUAGCUAGCUAGCUUGCUGUUGCUAGUUAAUUUGUCCCGGGAUAUAAACAUCGGGUUGUUAUUUUACCUGAAAUGCACAAGGUCCUCUACUCCGACAGAUAAAACAGUAAACCAAAUUAGUUUCUCGUCAUCUCUCCUCCUUUCUUCAGGCUUCUUUUUCUUUGGACUUUAUAUAGCGGUUGGCAACCAACUUUACUGUGCAUUACUACAACCGACUGGAGAGUGGACGUCAGUUCAUCUUUCAAUCACCCACGUGGGUAUAUGCCCCUAAACACCAAUGAGGAUAAAGAGGCAGGACUUGCAGCGCGUUGAGCUUGACACAUAGAACCAACUUCUAUUUUAGCGUCUGGCCACGCAGGCGCUAGCUAUUGCGCGCAAGCAGUGUGGGUGCAUUGAUUGAAUAACAGGUAUGUGUACAUUUAUUUUGCAACACUCGUGCACGCGACGCGAGCAGUGUGGUCAGCAUGUAAGCUUGUAUUGAGAAACACUGUGAUCCAUAGUAUUUGUAUUUACAAGAAGCUACUGCAGGUAGACUGAAAUAUUCACUGGACAAUGUGGCUCAGAUCUUUUAUACUCUAGUUUUCUAUGCUCAGACAUGGACUGUGUUAUGAUAUUUAGGGUUAAGAGCCCUUUUAAGCAAUAUCUGAAAUAUAUUGGUAGAAUAAGACCGUUAUUUAAAGCUUAUGCUACUGUAAACUGCUGUCCAUCCUCUUCUAUAGUGAAGUCACUGUCGUAUUUAAGUCUAGACUCUAGACUGAAUAACAUUUGAAUAACGUUUUGUUUGUGACGCAAACCACCUUUUCAGGAGUGAAAUGAUCUCAAAGCUUUGGUUUCUUGGUCAGAAGUUCUACAGACCAAGUAUCUAAGUGUGCGUGGUCACACACUCAGGGAAAGGAGAGGGUGUGUAUGAGACGUAAUGUAGUUUUGCUAAUGCAGAUGUGAAGUAUUGUUUCACAGUAUUUUACCGUUCAAGUAUUACCUAUUUUUGGGGGUCAUUGUCUGCCAUGACCAUACUUUAUCAUAAUAUGAUAGUAGGUGAAGGAAACCAGCUUAUAUGGUCCAUCUCAGCUGUCUCCAACCUGGAGAGUUACUGCAGCCUUUUGCUCAAACCUAGCGCUAGCACACCUGUUUCACAUAAUCAACCGUUGACCAUUUUCAAUAUGGACAACAAUUAGCCGAAUCAGGUGUGUUACUGUUGGGCUGUCCAGGAACUUGGAGCUUCCUAAUUCAUUUCAAACCAUUAGCUAGAUACCCCAUGUUCUAGUUUCACGACAAUGAAUCCCAUUUUUAACAUGGCGUCAGUCACACUCUUACAGAUGUAGGGUCUUAAUUUGACCCAGUUUGCUACAGCAGGAAAAUAAUCCUGCAGUAACAGGAAAUGUGAAUUAUUAUGUGGAUUAUAAUUAAUGGACAUUUUUGUA